AGGAGCCUAACCAUGUGCAGAAGGCAGCUGUCACCAUCAUUGGAGAGCAAGGUGAUGGCAGUAGAGAAUUCACACACCGAUGCAGAACCACACACACAUCACACAUGAUCACGUGGGAUAAACAUGGCGUCCUGCUGCAGGUUGUCCUUGCAUCCUUUUCUGUGCCGCAAACCAGCACGUCUCGCCUUCAGCAGAAACGUCCAGGUUAUAGCCUCGACAGCAGAGAGUUUAUAUCCACCGAUUCUGCCAUCACGGACCGCGAAAAGCAAGUCGGCGAAGCGACGUGUCGUGUCGGAGUUCUUCGAGCAGCUGCGCGCGUGCACGGCGCAGGAGAAGAUCAGGGCGCUCACCCGCAUACAGCGCGAGAAGUACGUGAUUUAUCCGCAGACGUUUGCUCUGAAUGCGGACAGGUGGUAUCAACACUACACCAAAACCGCUUAUGUCAGCGGCCUGCCCGAAAAAAACAUCGAUAUCGAUGAAUCCGUGUUCUCUGAGCUGCGGUCCUCAGUGUGUAACUCCAUCUUACAAGAGCACUGGUACAUGAAGAAAGGGAGAACAUUUGCGCACAAAGAGCAAGAGCAUUCGGUUGCCCCCUGUUUAAGGAACAUAGUGUGUGCUCUUAAAAAUGUUUUGGCCAAAGAAAACCCCGUGCUUGGCCUGUCCAGUUUAGAUUUUGACCCUCAGGUCAACUUUUACUGGUUAAGGGGUGAAAGAACUAUUCCGAGGGGACACCGGAGUGGACGGGUCGAGCCCAUGAGGUUUCAGAUCGAUGACAAACCUCACAGUCAGAUAAGAAUCCCUCAACAACUACCUGAGUUUGUUCCUCUUGAGGCAGACAUCUCCACUGAAGUUCCUGUCGUUCAAUCAGCUCCGGAGCUGCUCCCAUUGUUCAGGAGACAGUAUGACAACAACAUCUUCAUAGGUAGCAAACUGGAAGAUCCCUGCUGCUAUGGUCACACACAGUUUCACAUGGUUCCCGAUCGGUUCCGUAGGGACAAAAUGAGCAAGAGGGGUCUUUCUGACCAGGUCGAGGUGACGCUGAGAGCUAACGGUAUUGGUAGCCUGUUCGCGUGGACGGGGGCACAGGCUAUGUAUCAAGGUUUUUGGAGUGAGGAAGACGUGAGCAGGCCUUUCGUGUCUCAGGCAGUCAUUACAGACGGACAGUACUUCUCGUUUUUCUGCUAUCAGCUCAAUACUCUGGCUUUGACACAGAGAUCUGAAGACAGCAAUGUCAGAAAGAACCUGUGCUGGGGAACUGAAAGCAUGCGCUUGUAUGAGAGCGUCACAGAUGGGGAUGUAGUCGGCUGGAAUGAUGCUGUUCUCAGGCUGCUUGUUCAGUUUUUAUUGAACAAGCCUUGACUUUGAAAGUGUAAAAGACGCUCUUGUUUGUUCUAAGUUUAAUAAACGUAAUAUAUG